GGCUACGAGACUCGAGUGGCUAUGGAGGCAGCCGGGGCUGAAAAGGCAUCAGCUAUGGCUGUAAUGAGUACAAACGGAACCAUGAAAAAGAUCUGCAGGGCAAGAAAAACAAUGACUCCAAGCUGUCGACAGCAAAUUGCCACCCUUAAUAAAUUUAAAAAUCCCUCAAAAAUCGAGACCGUUAAGGAAACACCUGUUCUGCCAAAAGAAAAUGUCCAACAGCAACAGACUGAAUUAGUUUUGGCAGAGAACUGUAUCACACAAAAUAGCACCUCAUCUGAAAAGGAAAAACUUCGGUCCCACCGGUCUUCUCCUAAUGAGUUUAAAACUUCCACAGAGGUUUCACCUGAAAACUCUACACUAAAAACUGGAUAUUCUUUAAAAGGGAUGCGGGAAGAACCGAGUAAGACUUGUAAGACAUCUGCUUCUAGUGUUCAAACUCUUGCUGGGAGCCCUGCUAACCUUUCUCCUAUAGCACAUAAUGUAAAUGAUGAAACUAGCAAUACUAAAAUGGCUCAUUUUAAUGAUGCAAGGCCAGUCUCUUCAUCGUUAGGAGUUGUAGAAAGAGAGAAGCCGAUUUCUGAUUGUGAUCAUUCGCAAGAUAUCGAAAAAGAUACAAAUAUGGAUAAUUGUUCCCCUGGUCCUGAGAUAAGUGGAUCCUCAUCCUUAAGACCUGUAAAUGAAGAUUGUUUAUUAAAGAUGAAUUCAGCAACUGGUCUUGUAACUCCAAUGGAAGUUCUGGAUAAAGACAGCACCAAUGCUGCUAUUCCUAGUAAUGAGUCUAAUGCCUCCUGUGGCACUACUGGCAUUAAUGAUUCUGUAAUGCCCAACCUCACUAUGGACAUGAAUGUAGAUUCUGCUUCUAAUAUUCUCUCCCAAGGCUGUAACAUAACUUCUGGUGACUAUCAAAAAAAAAGAUCUUUUUCUGGAGAUUCUGAUGUUUCUGAGGCAAAACGAGCUAAAACUUCAAACAAAACCCUAUUGGAUGAGAUUGACUGUUUAAUUCAAAGAAGAAUACAAACUGUGUUUAAGGAAUCUUUUGACCAAAGAAUACAGGAUUUAUCCCAACAAAUCAACCUAAUUCAGUGCAAAGAAGAUAACACUGAUGUACUUACCCAGCAACUUAGAAGCAUAAGGAGACUUGGAAGGCGUAUAAAACAUGCACUGCAAGUUCAGAAAGAGGCAGGCACACAGUCCAGCAAAUCGCCAUCUCUCAGUUCUACUUUUAAAGAGCUUCCCAAAUCCAAAGUCGCUGAGGAAACUUCAACAUCCCACACAGAAAAAAAUUCUAUGCAAAAUCAGAGUGAAUGCAGCUUAACUUCUGUUGUUUUAAGUGACAAUGAGACAGAGCAGCAGAAUGAUCAAGAACAAACUGAGCAUCAAAAAGAAUCCUUCAAAAAAAGUGGAUUAUUCAGCCAUUCGUAAAAUAAUGGAAUCUAUCAAGGAGCACAGAAAUAAAGCACUGGAUAAACCUGUUGCUCUAAUUGACUUAACAGACGAUGAAGAACAGAAAGCUGAUAGAGAUUCAACAUUAGGUACGACAUAUCCAUCCUCCUCUCACCUUACGUCGUCAUCUUCUGAUGAGAAUCUUUCCCAGAAAUGUUCAGAGAAAAAAGAAGAGUUACAAGAAAGAAAUAACAAUGAACAGUCUUGUGAUGUGACUGAGAAAACCUCUUCAGAGCCCAAAUCAGUGAAUACUCAGGACUCUGAUGCCUACUUGGAGGUAUCUGCAAAUCCAGAUCCCGAGAAGCUGAAACCACCACAAAAACCUGAACUCAGAUUGGCUCAAGUCCAAAAUCCCAAAGGCAUUGCCCUGUCAUGGAAUAUCACUCAUGCAGAUCCUAGCUGUGCACCUGCUGAAGUCUAUUGUCUCUAUGUUCACCAAGAAAAUACAAACAGCUCCAAAAAACUGUGGAAGAAGAUUGGCGAAAUUAAAGCAUUGCCAUUACCAAUGGCUUGCACACUAACACAGUUUGUUGAUGAUGCAGCAUAUUCUUUUGUCUUGCGGGCUAAAGAUGCCUCUGGACGUUUUGGACCACUUUGUGAUAUACAGUCAACUACUUUAAAGUCCCUAAACACCUCCAAAAAAACAUAG